ACACAGUAAAGCGUGGCUGCAGCGCCUCCCCCGACCUGAAAGAAGACAAGCUAGUCAGUCUAUGGUCAGUCCUCCACUAACAGAACUGCGGAAUUACAGCAGCCACACAGACCGUUGCUCCACAUUUGUAGCUUGAAGUUGAGGUAACACGAAGGCCUUCCUUAUUGAUCACUCUUUUGAGUAGCUUAUCGACUGCAGCUAAAAAUAGCUAACGACAACAGUCACAAGUUGCUAGUUAAGUUAAUGUUAGCAAGUGGCGUGGUUUGACAGCUAGCGCUAACUAGCUAGUCUCAUUGGUAUUCGACGUCAGUUUCAAAACAAAGCCCGCAAAACCGAGAAGUUGAGACUCACCUCCAGAAUAGCUUGCUUCAAAACAAGCUAGCUGGGUUUGUCAACCGACGGAAGAUUAAUUACGCUAUUCAGAUAAUGUUUGAUACGCUCAGUUAAUGCCUAGCUAGCUAAUUAACGGUAACAUAUUUCCCUGACGUGAAGGCUAAGUUUAAGAAGCUGUCAGCAGGUUUGGCUGUGACGCGUUUGAAUUUAUAACUAAUUCAGCAGCUAGCAGGCAGCUACGUGGUUCUGUCAAUAAAAUUAGGUUCAAGUUGUCUUUAAAGCUUGGAUUUAAAUGUCCGAAAAGAGUUCGUCGUCCGGUUCCGAAGAGGAUGUGGACCCGGAAUCCGGGCAGCCUGUGGAGCUCGGAGGCGUCUUAAGCAAGUGGACUAAUUACAUCCACGGGUGGCAGGACCGAUGGGUCGUGUUGAAAAACAAUACUUUGAGCUACUACAAGUCGGAGGAUGAACGGGAAUACGGCUGCAGGGGGUCUUUGUGCCUCAGCAAGGCUGUUAUCACACCCCAUGAGUUUGAUGAGUGUCGUUUUGACAUCAGCGUGAACGACAGUGUUUGGUACCUCAGAGCUGAAGAUCCCGAGCACAGGCUCCAGUGGAUUGAGUCAAUAGAGCUGCACAAGGCAGAGUCUGGUUAUGGUUCAGAAACCAGUCUCAGGCGUCAUGGUUCCAUGUUGUCUCUCACAUCAGCAGCCAGUGCCUUGUCUGCCACAUCCACAUCCUCCUUCAAGAAAGGGCACAGGUUGCGUGAGAAGCUAGCAGAAAUGGAAACCUUCCGGGACAUUCUGUGCAGACAAGUGGACACCCUGCAGAAAUACUUUGACACCUGUGCGGACGUUGUCUCCAAAGAUGAAUUUCAGAGAGACAAAGUACUAGAGGAGGACGAAGAUGAAUUUCCUACCACUACAAGACCCAAUGGCGAAUAUAAUCACAACAACAAUGGCAGCAAAGAGAAAUUGUGCCCCCCUGCCAGUCCCAAAUGUAUGAAUGGAGUAGACUUCAAGGGUGAGGCCAUCACCUUUAAGGCCACCACAGCAGGCAUCCUCUCUACCUUGUCCCACUGCAUCGAACUGAUGGUUAAACAAGAGGACAGCUGGCAGAAGAGACUGGACAAGGAGCUCGAGAAGAGGAGGAGGGUAGAAGAUGCCUACAAGUCUGCUAUGUAUGAAAUGAAGAAAAAGUCACACUACGGAGGCCCAGACUACGAGGAGGGGCCCAACAGUCUGAUCAAUGAGGAUGAGUUCUUUGACGCGGUGGAAGCCGCACUGGACAGACAGGACAAGAUAGAGGAGCAGUGCCAGUCAGAGAAGGUCAGGAUACCUCGACGAACUCUGGUUCCUCCAGGAGACAUCUACUCCACCAUCGGUACACACCGAUUUGCCACCAAGGUGGAGGAGAUGGUGCAGAAUCAUAUGACUUACUCUCUCCAGGAUGUGGGCGGAGAUGCCAACUGGCAGCUGGUAAUAGAAGAAGGAGAGAUGAAGGUGUACAGGAGAGAAGUCGAGGAGAACGGUAUUGUGCUGGAUCCUCUCAAAGCUACGCAUUCUGUGAAGGGGGUGACAGGACACGAGGUCUGCCACUACUUCUGGGACACGGCUGUCCGAAUGGACUGGGAGACCACCAUUGAGAAUUUCAACGUUGUGGAAACGCUCUCCGAUAAUGCCGUUAUUGUUUACCAGACUCACAAGAGAGUGUGGCCUGCCUCUCAGAGAGACGUGCUCUAUCUGUCAGCCAUCAGGAAGAUCUUGGCAACAAACGAAAAUGAUCCUGACACAUGGCUGGUCUGCAACUUCUCUGUUGACCACGACAAUGCACUUCCCACAAACCGGUGCGUUCGUGCCAAAAUCAAUGUUGCUAUGAUCUGCCAAACGCUGGUCAGCCCACCAGAGGGUGAUAAAGAGAUCAGCAGAGACAACAUCCUUUGUAAGAUCACCUACGUUGCCAAUGUAAACCCAGGAGGCUGGGCUCCAGCUUCAGUCCUCAGAGCAGUGGCCAAGAGAGAGUAUCCCAAGUUCCUCAAGCGCUUCACCUCCUACGUGCAGGAGAAAACUGCUGGGAAGCCCAUCCUCUUCUGAACGCAAAGAGGCUUGCAGAGGGCCAAGGUUGCCCACUGGAGAGACUACAUUGUUCAGCCUGUAAUCGGCUGUCAAAGACUACAUGACCCAUUUAUUUGUUAGAAUUAGAAUGUUAAACUACUACAAACUACUACAUGCAGGACACUAUAUCAUCCAGGACAUCCCAUGGGACACCUGCUUGUAGAAGAGACUGGUUUUACAGCUUUAAUCCAUCAGUAGUUGUCAUCCCAGCCACAUUGUCAUGGCUCAACACCACCUGUUGGUCAUGGGUACAUUUGGAUGUAAAUUCAAGUUUUUUCAGUGGUUUUUGAAUUGUUGUUACCGAUUAUUUGCUUCUGUUUUUUGUAAAUUGUUUUGUACAUUUCUUAUGAUUACAUACUUCUUGACUUUUCUUUUUGGGUUCGCUUUAAUCACUAGUAUUACAGCUACUUGUGUUGCUGCUGCUAAAGUAACUACCAUGAGAGGGGAAGGUAGAUAUUGACAGGAAAAGGAUUGAUGAGGUGUGUAUCUCCUCUUUCUUGCCUUCUCCUGUCCCUCUAGUGAUGACUCUCUUUGCAGUUUGAUGGGGGGCCAGAGCCUAAAGCUUUGAAAUCUUUAUAUUUCUAGAUUGUUAUGAGGUAGCUUUCAGAGAGCACCAGAGACACAAUGCAUUGUACAGAUUAAACGGAAUACGUUUUCAGUUAGUUUAUCAAUGUGAGUAAUGUGAAUUGACUGUUAAAUGCUUGAAUUUGAUUACAGUAAUGGGCCAAGGAAACCUGGAGUGGGAGAUAAAGAGCAUUUGCUAAGUCUAAAGUCAUAUUGGGACAAUAUUUUCACACGGUUAAAGCGAUAAUCAAUAAUUAGAUAUCAAUGAUGUAGUUGACGGUGGUCAAUAGAUGCUAAGUUGCGGCCUAUUGUCUUGAACCUCCACAUAACGCACGGUUUCUGACUGAUAUUUCCAAAUGGCCAGCCAUAGUGUCUGAUGUACAGAUUCCUCUCCUUCAAUGAGAGACAAGUGGAUACAUUUUGUGUCGGGUUUGUAAAUUAGUCCCGCUGCUAUUGUGCAGCAUAAGGUAAAGUUGUAAAAUGUAGAGUAGGAUAUCCUCUACACCCUAGACCUUUUUUAGUCAUACUCUACAUUACAUUUCACAUGCCACACUACAGUGCAGUGGCCUCCUGCCCUUUGACUGAUAAACUACCCCCAGAAUGCCUUAGACACCAGAAUGAACCUUACCUUAAACUGUUCAGCCACCAGAUGUGCAUUUAUCAACACUGAAAAUAAGCAGGCGGGGGUGAGGAAUGGGGGGUACAAAGGGUCAGCAUUUCACAUCAUCUUACCUCAAGAUUGGAAUUUACCCUAGAUUGUGUUUGAUGGCAUCAAAAGUUGGGAGUUUUGUAAUCAGAUCUGCAUGGUUGAAAUUUCACCAUCAGAUUUUCGGUCUAAGGGGUCAGAGGUUAGGAAGGAUCUGGAUAAUUGUUUUGCUGAUGAUUACAAGAGCUAGAUCUACGAGCAAUGUCAGCGGAAGAAUGCAUUUAGUGUUUUUAAUUUUGAUAUUUUGUCAGUAAUUUACACACUUUGUAUAUUUCUAAGUUGUACAUUAGAAGUGUUAUUAUUUGCACUAAAUGUAAUGCAAUUUGACAAUGUUCUGUAAAUUAAAAUUGUUACACAGAA